AUGGAAGACCAAGUCGAUUUCGACAUCAAUGAGUUUCUCAAACUCUACCUCAGCGAUACGGCCUCUAUUCCUACUCCAGAAGCACACCCCGACCUGCUAGACUGCGAGCAUGAUCCGGACAGCUUAGCCCCUGCUCUGGUUGACAGUGUACUGGAACAUGUCCUGGAUGCGGUAGCAGAGAAUUCAGAAGGAAUCUUACGGACCUCAGCCUUUGACACUGUGCAAUUCCUGCUAAAGUAUUCGACCCUCUUGUCUGCGCAAUCUCUGAGCAAGGUACUGCACCUGAUCGUUUCAGGACUAUCAGCAGCCACAGAUGUUGCCCAUCAUGACAUUGAGAACGAAGAACAAGAAACAAUACCUCAGCACAAGAAACUACUCGAAGCCUAUGCCUUUCUUCUCCAGUGGGCUGUUGCAGCAGUAGAAAACAAGGCUCUCGAGAAGUCCAAUGCUGCUCCUGCCAGGAGAGGUGGCAAGGGUGGCAAAAAGGCUGCUGCCAAAGACGAUGUUUGGGACUCUCCCAGUCAGAUACAGAGUGCUAUGGACGUAAUGUGUCGGGCCAUGAGACUCAAGCUCAAUCGCAUCUUCCAGACCACCUCUGACCGUGACACAUUUGUCAAUCUAUUCACGAGGUCAAUCUAUCUAAUCAUGGAAAGUGAGGCUAGGGUCAAGAUUACUGCCGUGAGGAUGUUUUGCUUCAAGGUCUUGUGUGUUGCUGUUAAACAUCAUGGUCACGCUCUUGGAGCACAAACAUCCAUUGUACAGAACCUGACCUACUUCGAACAUCUAUCGGAACCAAUGGCCGAAUUCCUCCACAUCCUUUCUGAGCAGUACGACCAUCAUCAAUUAUCUGCCGAAAUCCUGCGAGAACUUGCUGCAAAGGAGUUUAGCCAAAGUGAUACCAAAGGGCCUAAAUCAGUCUCUGCCUUCAUCAUCAAGCUAUCUGAACUUGAGCCAAGAUUGGUCAUCAAGGAAAUGGGCCUGCUCGCCAAGUUCCUUGACAGCGAGGCGCACACUUUGCGAUGUGCCGUCAUCGAGGUCUGUGGGAACCUUCUUGCCGACCUCAGCAAACAAGCCGAGAAGAGUGAAACGACAAAAAUUCAGAUCAAUGCCUUCUUUGACACGCUUGAACAGAGAUUUCUUGAUACUGCUCCUUUCUGUCGAGUUCGGACCAUGCAGGUCUUCAUGAAGAUCUGUGAGCUCGAACAAAAGUUUCCUAAGCGGAGGCAACAUGCUGCUGAGCUCGCGAUGCAGAGCUUGACAGAUAAAAGUAGCAAUGUUAGACGGAAUGCGAUUAAAUUACUCAAGAAAUUGGUAUCAUCGCAUCCUUUCAGCUUGAUGCACGGCGGUCAGCUUUCAUACAAAGAAUGGACCCAAAGACUGGAUGCUGUUGAAUCUCAGUUAGACGCAUUGGCACCGCCACCUGACUCACCCGGCAUAGCUGAGACAGCCGACGGUCAGGGGAAAGUUGAUCAGGAAUUAUUGGACGAUGCCACUCAAAUGGCUGAACCACCAAAGGAGAUGACUGAAGAAGAGCAGAUCGCAGCCGUCAAAAAAGCCCAGGAAGACGCAGCCACAUCGGAAGCCAUCGGUAAGCUUCAACUCACGCGCAAAUAUUAUCUCGAGGCGCUUCGGUUCAUCGAAGUGAUCCACGAAGCAUCUGAUACAGCUGUGCAGUUAUUGUCAUCACCGAACAAAACUGAGGUAAUUGAAGUGAUGGACUUUUUCGUUACAAUUGAUGCCUUCAAAGUGGAAACAGCCAGAAAAGGCAUCAGACGCAUGUUACGAUUGAUUUGGACAAAGAGCAAUAACGACGAAGGCAAAGGGGUCCAGACUCAUUUAAUUGACAGUUACAAGGGUCUUUUCUUUGACGCUCCUGAAAUCUUUAAUUUGAACGAUGCAGCUAAUUUUGUCGCUCGAAACAUGAUCAGUCUGACCUUUGGGUCGACUCCAGCUGAGUUGACCUCGCUAGAACAAUUACUGAGUACUAUGUUCAAAGCAGGACACAUUUCCGCCCUGGUCAUAUCCAAGCUAUGGCAAGUCUAUGGAGUCAACAAGGAGAUCUCCAGAGCCCAGAGAAGAGGAGCAAUUAUUGUUCUUGGGAUGAUAGCACUUGCAAACCCAGAGGUUCUCGUGAAAGAGCUUGAUACUAUGCUCCGAGUCGGCUUAGGUCAAUUAGGAAGGACAGACUUCGUAUUGGCCAAGUUCACCUGCGUGGCUUUACGUCGUAUGAUGCCUACCGCAAAGAAGGCACAAGAGAGAACUGCAUCAGCAGGCCUUGCUAAAAUGCCCAACGACCAUGAGGUACUUCGAAUGCUUGCUUCGAUCUUGCUUACCACCUCACCGAGCAAGGACUGGUAUGGAAUGGCAGAGCAAGCGAUUAGUGCCAUUUACGUCCUUUCCGACCAUCCUGAUGUACUGUGCUCAGAAGUGCUCCGACAGAAAACUCGACUUGUCUUCCAACAGACAAAGAACAUGCACGCACCGAACCCGGAAAAUGAAGAAGGCGAACCAGAAAUGCAAGAGGAUAAGCCUGAGAAGUCAGAUGAUAAACCUUCGACGGCACUGUCACAGUUAUUGUUCACUGUCGGUCAUAUCGCUAUCAAACAAAUUGUGCACUUAGAACUGUGUGAGCUUGAUUUCAAACGGCGGAAACAGGAGCAAGAAAAGAAUAAGUCGGCUGCCCACGCACUGCCGGAGACUUCUUCGGGCCCUACACCAGCCCGACGCAAGAAGACAGCUGCAGAAGAAGACGAGCUUGAUCUCAUAGGUGGCACAACUGAAGACGACUUCACUGAGGCGAUCGUGCACAUUCGAGAGCGUGAGCUCCUUUACGGACCCAAUUCACUGCUGGCAAACUUCGGCCCACUGGUGGCCGAGAUUUGUGCCAACAACAACGCAUACAAGGAUCGAAAGCUUCAAGCACAAGCAACUCUCUGUCUGGCUAAGCUUAUGUGCGUCAGCAGCGAGUAUUGUGAAAAGAAUCUCCCUCUUCUCAUUACCAUCCUUGAGCGCUCUAGCGAUCCGAUUGUGCGAUCGAACGCUGUCAUUGCACUUGGGGACAUGGCAGUAUGCUUCAAUCAUCUAAUUGACGAAAAUACUGAUUUCUUGUAUCGCCGACUGAACGACGGAGACGAAAGCGUCAAGCGCACCUGUCUGAUGACAUUGACAUUCUUGAUUCUUGCUGGACAAGUCAAAGUCAAGGGUCAGUUGGGCGAGAUGGCAAAAUGCCUCGAAGACGGCGAUAAGAAGAUCGCAGAUCUCGCUCGCAUGUUUUUCACUGAGCUUGCGACCAAGGACAACGCAGUGUACAACCAGUUUGUCGACAUGUUCAGUGUUCUUACGCAAGACGGGCCUCUGGAUGGUGGAGUCAUGGAAGAAGAGGCUGUCAAACGAAUCCUGAAAUUUCUAUGUGGAUUUAUUGAAAAGGACAAGCAUGCUAAAAACCUAGCGGAGAAGCUUGCUGCACGAUUGGGCCGUUGUGUCAAUAAACGUCAAUGGGAUGAUACUGCAUAUGCAUUGUCAUUAUUACAACACAAGAACGACGAGAUCACGCGUUUGAUCGGCGAGGGUUACAAGAUAGUUGAGGUUGAGGUCUGA